CCCGAAAAGACCUCCCCAUCUAAAAAAAAAACGAAUUUAUCCCACUGUUGACUGUUUGCUAAUUGAAAUUCAAGCAGUUACAAAAACAGUGGAAGCAAUGUCGCCUUAAAUUUCCAAGGCGUUGAAUGAGGACGCAUUACCAAAACAUCAAAGACUCGGAAGAUAUUUACUGAUGGACUCACUUCCGUUACAGGAAAUUGCAGCAUGAAGAAGGAGCAAGUUGUCAACUGUCAGUUUUCGGUCUGGUACCCGAUAUUCAAGAAACAUACGAUAAAAAGUGUAAUUCUCCCACUGCCUCAGAAUGUAAUAGACUAUUUACUGGACGAUGGGACACUGGUAGUCUCUGGGAGUGACCAUAACACGCAGCAGACAAACACUAACAACAGCGACUCCGAUGCAGAGGAAGACAUUCAGUGGUCAGAUGAUGAAACAACCACCACUGUCACAGCUCCCGAGUUCCCAGAAUUCACCUCUAAAGUACUGGAGGCUAUAAACGCUCUAGGUGGACGAGUCUUUCCCAAACUCAACUGGAGCGCUCCGCGGGAUGCCAACUGGAUUGCGCUGAACAGCUCCCUGCAGUGUUGCAGUCUCAGUGAAAUAUUUCUGCUCUUCAAAAGUUCAGACUUUAUCACCCACGACCUCACACAGCCAUUCCUCCAAUGUAGUGACCAAGAUUCCCCAGAUCCAGUCAUAAACUAUGAGCUGGUCCUGAGGAAGUGGAGUGAGCUGAUUCCCGGUGGAGAGUUCCGCUGCUUCGUCAAAGAAAACAAACUGAUCGCGAUCUCCCAGAGAGACUACACUCAGUAUUACCAGCACAUCUUGAAACAGGAGGAGCAGAUCUGUCACGCUGUGCAGGAGUUCUUCAGCCAGCACAUCCAAUACAACUUCCUGGACGAAGACUUUGUGUUCGAUGUCUACAGAGACAGUCAGGGGAAGGUGUGGCUGAUUGACGUGAACCCGUUCGGCGAAGUGACAGACUCUCUGCUGUUCAGCUGGGAGGAGCUGACGUCUGGCGGGGAAAUCGCCCAGCAGCAGGAAGGCCCGGCGUUCCGCUACACCAACAGCGAGGUGACGGUGCAGCCCAGUCCCUGCCUGAGCUACAGAAUCCCACGCGACUUUGUUGACCUCUCCACCGGAGAAGACGCUUACAAACUCAUCGACUUCCUUAAACUGACCAAAAGCCAACAGGAAGAGUCUGAGGACGAGGAGGAAGAGGAGAACGCUCCGCAGUGAUUCGGUUCCCCUGAAAGCUGAGGAAUAGCCGCUGGUGUCAUCAGCCCCUCCAUACAAUGUCUUCUGCAUGAAGUGACUCUUUACCCCCUGUCCUGCUUGAGCCUUUUUUUCUCUCACGCUCUCCUGGGAAUGGUACGUGGUGUACCCAGGGUUUCACGAUUAGCUCACUCGUGUUAGUUUAAUGGAACAUGUUAAAUUAGCCAAUCAUGUUAAAGGCUCUUUGAGGAUACAUUUUCUGUAGACUUGUUCUCUGCCUCCGACACUAAUUGUAAUGGUUCGGUGAGAGGGAGAAGGAGGACGACUAGUUAUUUCAGAGGAUUUGUUUUUUGUUUUGUUUUUUUAUGGGGGGAGGAAAUUGUAUUCCUGCAAGUAUUCUGUAACACUGUAAAGAAUGCCUGCUUUUAUACUUUAAAAUAAGUGUGUAUAUUAGUCUAUGUAUCUUAAUUUCAUCCUAAAUGGUGUCUCUGGAUUUAAAAUGAUCUAGUCCACACACACAGUUCACUGUACGUGUGUGUGUGUGUGUGUGUGUCGGUCUGUGUGUUACGAGGCUCUGACAACCUCUUUAUUUAACAUUAAAGCCGUUCAUCAUCCAGUCACCAUUCAUUUUUCUUUCCCGUCAUCCCUGCUCCUCCAUCUCUCCCUGCCAAUUUCCUCUGAGCACUUUUGACACCUUCAUUGCUCUGAGCCGCUCCGGGCGCCUGUUUUUUGAAGUUCAUUUUCCCAUCAUGCAUCGCUGUAGACUGUUGCUCCCAAAAAACACCAUUAAACUCCUUGUCGUGUAUUGA